UAAACCUUUUAAGAGCGUCCAGUGGCGGAAGGCAGGAGGGGGCGUGGCCCUCGGGGCGUCUCGUGCGGGAGGUACGGCGCGGCGCGAACUUGUUUUGCGUGCCUUGCGCGUGAGCGAGCGAAUGAGUGUGUGAGUGCUGCGCUGCGCCGCGCCGCGCGGCUGAGUAUCGGGAUUGCGCUUCCCGUUUGACAAGGAGGAGGGGAAAGACGGAGCAGACGAGAGAGCGAGAAGCAGAAGUAGCGUUACUCCACGCGUCGUGUGACAGGGAUGCGGACCCUGGACUCGGCUUCGCGACGGAGUAAACGCGCGCGGCAGUGAGGACAGCAGGGACAGAAAUACACCCACUCAAAUGCAAACAUUCAUAUCCGCUGUAUCACUUGGUGGCUCUCAUUCAUGCUGUAGCUGUGAAGAGCAGGAGGACGCGGGUGGAGGAUUGUCUUCUAGCUCUCUUCUUCUGCACACGGUUCUGUUUGAGCAGCUGACACAAAGCGGAAUUACAAGACGGUUUUACUGGCCUCUGCAUUGUGGGCAAAUGAAAACCUGGGAGGAAAAAAGGACUUGAACACCUGCUAACACAUACUACUUUUGAGUUACUAUCCCACAAAUGUGUUGCAAUGGAGUGAUACAUUGAUAAUUCCUGCUCUUCUUUGGCCCUGUUUGAGUUAUUUAUCUGAUGAAUAAAUUUUAACAUAAACCAGUAGAUCCUUUUAAAGCCAUGUGCAAUUUUUCUCAAGAUGUCCCAAUUUUUUACGUCCCAUGGAAAAUAAUGCUAAAGGAUCAGGUAGUUACAAAGGCAUUCCAAGUGUGUCCAUAAGGCUUUCUCCCCACAUUCUAUGGAGGCAGAGCAUAGCCGGCCGUCUGAUGGGGAGCGAUCUGGUGGACAGCAACAAGCUCUGUCUGAAUCUUCACUUAGGGGUAGGUUUCCUCAUAUACAGGAGCAGGCUACCUCACUACCAAUCCAUGGAUCACAUGGCCGGCAUCAUAAGAGGCAGCCAAAACGCAGAGAUUUGCUCCAGAGGCAGCAGCAACAGCAGUCUCAGAUGGGGGAAAGUUGGCAAUUACAAGAUGUCCCAGGCCCUUCUGGAGGCAGCUACUCUUCAUCAUCCCUUGAAACCUCUACCCCAGUCCCUCAUCUUCAUAGUAUUCCUUCUUGCCCCAGUCAAGAAUUACAAGAAGGCACCACAUCUAGAAAGGAACGUAAGCCCCAAAAGCCAGGAAAGUAUGUUUGCUCAUACUGUGGAAGGCCAUGUGCAAAACCCAGUGUCCUCCAAAAACAUAUCCGUUCCCACACAGGAGAAAGACCCUAUCCUUGUGUCCCGUGUAGUUUCUCGUUUAAGACUAAAAGUAACCUGUACAAACAUCGCAAAUCCCAUGCACAUCGAAUAAAAGCUGGUUUGGUAUCUAGACGUGAAGAAUACAGUUGCAGUGGAGUUGAAAGUGGUACUAUAGGAGAUGAGCAGGAAGAAGCAACAGAAGCGGAUAGCACAGAGUCUGAGGAUGAGACUGGCCAGCAUCAGCCAUCUACAUCUAAAGACAGACCAGCUCUAAGAAAAAGCUCCAAGGUUGAACUCUCAUUUUCAGAAGAAGUGCCAAGAACAGAGGAUUCACAGGCAAUCAAACAGAGGUUAGCUAUGCGACUCAGUGAAAGGAAAAGAGCUCCCAUGGAAUCACCAGAUGAGAGUCCAUCAUCUUCAUUGGGUCCUGGUAGUAAGGGCAGUACUGAAUCUGGCUACUUUUCCAGCUAUGGUAGUGCUGAGUUAUCCCAGGUGAGCCCUCCCAAUGCCAAUGUUAAAUCCUAUGCUGAAAUUAUCUUGGGAAAGUAUGGACGAUUAGGCCAGCAACAAAGAAUUUCACACCAACACCUUCAGUCAACAUCUUUGGGACAAGAGGAAAAAUCUGUCUCUUUCACUGUGCCAAAGACACAAGUCAUUGAACACAUCACUAAAUUAAUUACUAUAAAUGAGGCUGUGGUUGACACAAGUGAAAUCGACAGUGUCAAACCUAGACGUUCUUCUCUCUCUAGAAGAAGUAGUAGUGAGUCUGCUAAGUUUUCUUCACCAAAAGAUCCAAAGGAAGAAUUUCCUGGAACUAGUGGCACUACAGGGCAAAAUAUUUUAAGUGGUUAUGCUACUGAAGCAAAGCAUUCACAAUUAAAUGAAGGCACAGUUUCUACUCACAGUUCAAGUAGUAUUUUUCUGAGAAGCCAGUCAGUGCCAUCUUCUAGUGGCAUAGAUGAUCCAGCUAGCUUAUCUUCACAGAACUUUCGUCUCAGCCAAUCUUUUGAUGAACAGCAGACUUCAUCAGUGGAACUGAGGGUUGGUCACCAUCAUCGAAUGUUGAAGCGCCAGCCUGCCAUCGAAAUGCCAGUUGGCGCUGACUUGACAUCAGAAACUGGUUCCUCUGUUUCUACAGAUACAGGCUGGAAGCAGCAAAAGGGAAUACAGCUGUAUGAAUGUGACAUAUGUGGGACUCGUUUGAAUAAACAAGAGCAUUAUGAAGCACACAGAGUUUCUUGCAUAAAUAAGCCUUUACAGGAACAUCAGAGUGAGAAGAAAGCUGCUGUACAAGAAGAUCAUCGACAAAUAAUGCACUAUAAGUUUAAAGCAAUGGCUAUGGCAAUACGAAAGAGGAGGAAAGAAGAAAGUUUAGAGGAGGACCCUCCUAGUCCAGGUCCAGCAGCUAUAUCUUUUAGCAGUCAUCUCACUACAUCAGCAAUAGGGAAUAAAGAUGAUUUUCAAGGUUUCUCAGGUACUGUACCACAAAUGGAACCCGAAAAAAUUGGCCCUUUUAAGGAAAUAUCAGUAAUUCAGCACACAAGCUCUUUUGAAAAACAGGAAAGCAUGUCCAUAGAAAUUCAGGAGGCCGAAAUUGAACCUAAGGAUUUACAGGGGCCCAAGCAAACCUCCACAUCCAGGUUGGUUCGACAGCCCAAGAUUCAAGUUCCAGAGAUCUUGGUAACAAAAGAACCAGAUCCUGAGAUGGUAUCACCUCAAACAAGUACAUAUAUCCCAAGAGAAUUAGAGAAGGAGGAGUUCCAGUGGCCUCAGCGUAGUCAAAGCCUGGCUCAGCUUCCUGCAGAGAAGCUGCCUCCAAAAAAGAAGCGUCUCCGGUUGGCUGAGGCACUCCAGUCAUCAGGCGAAUCUAGUUUUGACUCAGUUUCCCUGCCAUACAGUCCUAGCCAAGAGAGUAAUGUUUCUCACACCUCUAGUCGAUCUACAUCUUUUGAUGAAAUAGGAAAGAUUGACUCUGAAAUGCCGGCUGGCCAGUGGAGCUGCCAAGGGUCCCAUAUGCUGACUGUACCAGGUGUCUCUCAACAUUAUCACAGGGAAAUGCAUCGUUCUGCCUCUGAACAAGCGCCUGCAAGUCCGCCACACCCUGCCCAGGUAGUAGAGAUGAGAAGCAAAUCAUUUGACUGUGGAUCCCUGUCUCCAAGAUCUACAUCAUCUUCUUGGAAAGAGAGGCGAAAAUGUCUCUUGGUGAAGCAUGCAACCCUUGAGAAGCCUGAUCAGGUAGAAUCAUCAUCUGGCGUCCAUCAGUCCUAUAUUGGCCAUGCUGCUCUCACUGUUCAUGAUGAGAGAGCAAGCAGUACUUCUAGUCUUAGCCCAGACACUUUGGGAAAAACACUGCAGCUUUUUCAAACUCCCCUUCCUCUGCCAACUUCAGUUUACCCUCUAACAAGUCCAGAAACCUUUUCCUCACAUCAGGUAACUGAACUGCUACCAGUCACAACAAUAUCUGAGGUCCUUUCCAGUCAUAUGCUUCAGCAUGCUCUUAUACAAACAGUGCCAUCUUCAUUUCAUCCAAGGCAGCUUCAUUUAGCUGAGCAGCUAGGCCUUCCUAUUCAGCCUUUUCCUACUUUGCUCUCACUGCAGUACCCAACAAGUGGUCUAAUCAUUCAGGAUCCCUUGGCUUUAUCUAUUGGCGAACCUGGCUCUUCUCCUUGCUCUACACAUAGAAGAGGAUCUCCAUGUCACCAACUUGUCACUCGGCACCAGCCCCGCCCCAUCAUAGCUACUUGCCUUGAGCAGCUUAGACCAGUGGUGUCCCUGGUGGUGCCUGUUCGCUUACAGACUCAUAUUCCUACUUAUGCUAGUGCCAUGUAUACAACCAUUUCACAAAUCUUAGCCACAACACGGUCUCAGCAACCAAUAUGCUGUACAGCCAUGGUCAUUAUGGAGCAACUUGAGGGCAGCAAGCUUCAGAGAUCUUACCUUAGACUCCCUACUUCAAAUCUUAAGACUUGCAUUCCUUUAUCACUUCCUUUAAAAUUUCAAUCAGACACUGCAUCGGACGAUAGUUGUGGGCCUCUUGCUGCUGGAGGAAAUAAGCGCAUGCUUUCCCCCGCAGGUAGUCUAGAGCUUAGCCUUGAGGCACAACGACAACAGAAACGAAUCAAGGAAGAAGAAGAAGCGGAAGAAAUUGAAGAUGAAAGGGUGAAAAGUUGUGGAAAAUCUGUGGAAAACCAAGGAACAGAUAAGGAGGUUUUAGGGGACAGAAAAGGAAUGGAGGCAGCUGUGGAGGAAGAACAAGUAUGCAAAGGAAAGAAAACUGAAUUUGUUGUGAAUAAGCCAGACAUUUCCCAGGUGGAAACUAGUCUUAAGAAAGAGGAAGAUCAGGAAGAGGGCCAUGGGUGCGUAUCAGUGGUUGAGAUCCCAGAGAAAUCCAUAGAUGCUACUGACCCAUUAUACCCCAGUCUUCAUACCAGUACAAGAGUGAGCUGGUGCUACCUGAAUUAUACUAAGCCUAACCCAUCUGCCCACACAAAUCCACAAACAUCAGUUUAUUCCUCUUGGAAUGUGAGCAUGUAUAACCCCAAUCUACCUGGUUUGUCCACCAAAAUAGUAUUGUCCCUCCUGUGUUCUAAGCAAAUGUAUAGCUCCGAGGUAUAUACCAUGGCUACAACACCACCUUUGACAACUGACAAGUUAGUUGGCAACAAAUCUCCCAGGGUAUCAGAGGUGCAUGUCAAAACACAGAGCACCCCUGUCAAAGAGAAAGAAGAACUUCAUAAAACAAGGACUCAAAAAGAUGUGAGUGGUGCAGAGGAGACUCCUACCACCUCAAAGCACAGUGAGCCCCUACGUGUUUGCAUCUUUGAAGGAGGGUAUAAGUCUAAUGAAGAAUAUGUAUAUGUGAGAGGGAGGGGAAGGGGAAAGUAUGUCUGUGGUGAGUGUGGAAUCCGCUGUAAAAAGCCCAGCAUGCUGAAGAAACACAUUCGCACACACACAGAUAUUCGUCCCUAUGUUUGUAAGCACUGCAACUUUGCUUUCAAAACUAAAGGGAACCUCACUAAACACAUGAAAUCGAAGGCACAUGGUAAAAAAUGCUUGGAGAAGGGUGUGUCUGAAUCAUCUGUAGAUGAGCUGGAGACUGAGGAACCAGGGAUCAGUGAGGGGCAUGUAUAUGAGUCCGACCAGGAAGAGCACCAGUUUUCUGACAUUGAAGAUUCUGAAGAUGAGGAUGAUGACGAUAACGAGGAGGAAGAGGAGGAGUUGUCCUCACAGGAAGAUGCUCCUUCAUCAUGCUCUACAGACACCCACCAGUCAGACAGUGGUCCAGGCUCACAAACCUGUCCCUUAAGCCUUUUUGUUUCAGAAAGAGACGAAAAAGAAAAGCGGCUCUCUCCAGUCCCACCAUGGAGAAGUGGACAAGCGUUAUCUCCAGAUAGCAAGAGGGCACCGUUUACCUCUAAAGCCUGGGAGCAUUCUCCACAAGCUUUCUCUUCUGCAAGUGAAGGCUCACCUCUCCGCAGUGUCUCUCCCAGGCUGGAGCUGUCAUCUCCCUGUCGACAUCUUUCUCCUUCUCCUGAAAGAGGCCCAUCUCCCCUCACAGUCUCCGCACUCAGGUCUUUUUCCCCACUGCGGCCUCGUUCUCCUGCCCGAUACAGGAGCUCCAGACCCCGACUUUCUCCAGCAUUGAUCAGAACUCAACACAGAGCCCAUAGCUCUCCAGGCCACUUCUACUGGGAACCAAGCAUCAAGUCCAGAGAGAGCCAGCAGGAGAGGCCGAGUACACCCAGUACUGUGCAGGUUUCACAGAGGUUGAGCCCUCCACAUGGCAGUCUGGUGCCCUCUGCCCUACAUUUCCUUCACAAUGACCCUCCAACCCAUGUACCAAUUCCGUCAAGAACUGUAGACCGCAUGUUCAGUCACCUUCCAUUACAUUCACAGCAGCAGGCCCGCAUGCCUUACCACAUGAUCCCAAUUGGAGGAAUCCAGAUGGUUCAGCUUAGGCUCAGAUCCUGCCCCAAACUGGAGCGAGCUUCCUCUACUACCCAAUCCCCCAGCUCACCCAAAGAGGAGUUCACUUUCUCCCUUAACAAGAGCUCAUGGAGCACAUCAUCGAACUUGCAAUCUGAAACAACGCAGAGUGUUAGUGGGACACAAAGCCUGAAACAUGAAACCAGGCAAUUAGGGCUGUACUGUCCUGCUACAAGCUCCACAACAGCCAAAGCUUCUCAAACAUUUGACUCUGGUAAGCAAAGUAAGAAAGUCAGUAAACAAUAUGGCAGCUCAUGGCCCUCUAAGACUCACAAUAUUGUUCCUGAGACAUCUCAAGAAGUGGGUCAAGAUACAACUGAAGCAGAGAAGAUGAGCUCUCAUGUCUCUGAAAAGGAAUCCAGGACCUCCUUACUAAGAGAAAAUGAACAACCAGAGCCAGAGGAGCCUACAGAAGGCCAGUCCAAAAAGCAUGACCCAACUGCAAAAGAGACCGCAGAAGAAAAAUCUGUCCACUCAGAUCAGAGCCAGGACAGCAACCCAGACAGCACUUAAUAGCCUUUGGGCUCAAUCUCAAAAUCAACUGAUUUAUUAUUAUUCUUUUUGUUUUGUAAUGCUACAUUUUUAUACAACUUUUCAAUACUGUUGGUAUCUUGGUAAAUGUUUGUUUUUGCAAUAUUCAAGAUUGAAAUACGAUGCACUUUUCUGUUGGUCAAAACAAUGUUUGUGUAAAAUUGAUUACUUCUGUCCCUGAAUAUUUACUGACAUUACAUUCAAUCCUAAUGUAUCUAUUUAAAUGUCUAUGUAAAAUACUUCUUAAAAUAACUAUGAUUAUAAACAUUUAUAAAUGACCAAGUUAAAUACUUAAA